AGAAAUUCUAAAGUGUUGUCAUCAGCGUUCUUUGGUUUGGUGUUUAACGAUGAGCAGACAAUAAUCACAAUGCGGCUCUAGAAAACGUUACUACUCCUUCGUUACCGCAGGCGGUGGAGGGGUGUAUUAUCUAUUUCUCUAAAAUAACGUGGAAGAGAAAUAGUUUAAUACACAUUAAGUCCGACAAAACUCCACUCCGAACACAAAGCUAACCCGUUAGCCAUGGAGGAGAGGAAGGAAGAGGGUGAAGCUGAAAUCCAAGAGCACGGCCCCGAGCACUGGUUCUCGAAAUGGGAACGGCAGUGUCUGGCAGAGGCUGAACAGGACAAUCCCAACGAAGAGGAAAGGGAGCAGAGCCAACAAAAACUGUGGCACCUCUUUCAGAACUCUGCUACCGCCGUUGCACAGCUUUAUAAAGACCGUGUGUGCCAGCAGCAAGGUCUCUCCCUCUGGGUCCCCUUCCAGAAUGCAGCCACCACUGUCACUAACCUGUAUAAAGAGAGUGUAGAGGCCCACCAGCGGAGCUAUGACCUGGGUGUUCAUUUAGGCCACCAGCGCAGGAAUAAAGAGGUGAUUGCAUGGGUUAAAAAGCGACGACGAACUAUAAGACGGGAAGAUCUCAUCAGCUUCCUCUGUGGCAAAGUUCCACCACCUCGGACAGCUCGUGCACCACCCAUAGUUACUAUGGUGUCUGCAAGUCGGCCAUCGCCACCAGAGGCGGAUAACUCUGUUGAGGCAGACCUGCAGCCUUUCAGAGAGGCUAUAGCCCUGCAUGGUCUAAGUGGUGCCAUGGCUAGCAUUUCUGUGCGUUCCGGUCCUCCCGGUUCUCCAACACACCCUGCACAGUCUCUUAGUCGACGUCGGAAUGGCCUCCACGACAUGGACCUUAACACCUUCAUAGCAGAGGAGAUGGCGCUUCACUUAGAUUCUAAUGCAACCCGUAAACGAGGCUCAGCACCCCACAGUGACGUCAUCACAGACUCACCCACUCAUAAACGGAACAGGAUGCUGUGAACUGAAUGUUCGAACCCUCAGCUGUCCUCUCCUCUGUGGCCAGUUGGACAGACGAUAAGAACUGAUGCCUUGGCCAACCAUGAAACUCUUCCUCCUAAGUUGCAAUGUUACAAAUAAAGAAAAGCUUGAAUAUAAUCAGUCUGCAUAUUUUCCCCUUAUUUUUCCACCCAAUUUUCUUUUUCCAAUAAUAAAUUUGUCACUCAUCCAUUGUUUUUUACCCCCAGUGUUCUGAUGCAAGCACACAUUACCUUUUAUCCUUCAAUUUCAAAAUGUUGCAUUUGGAUAUGGCUUGUGUUAAACUUUGUUCUUUUUUUUUAUCUAAUGAACCCAGUACACACCUACAGUUUCAGCUUGCAUCCCUCCCCAUCCUGAACUAUUUUUUUUUUUCUGCAGUGCAGGCCAAUAUUUGGGCUUUUAUGGAGGCUGAACUGCUGCUGUUCGGCUCCACUUGGAAAAACACCAUGUAGAUUUUACUCUGCUGCUGUUUUGUGUUGGUGUAUUUGACAGCAGAACUGCCACUAUUACUGUAUCGUACAUGUCUGCCUUUUAAGAAAGCUGCUAGAGUAUCUGGUUGUGGUGCAACAGUGAGUGUGUGUGUGUGUGUGUGUGUGUCAUAUGUUUGUUUCCAUCUUUAUUAGCUACUUCCCACCAUUUACCUUUUAUUUGCUCUUACUAAAACAAGGGUUUAUUGCAGCAUGUCAAUAGAAUUCAUACAGACCAGUAGGCUAAUGGCUGGUGUGUUUUUGGCUUAAUGUUCUUUGACAAAAUACCCUUGCUCUGUCUUAUUAGCAGUUCUACACAUUAACUGCACUACCAUCUGUCAACACAAGAAAGACAUGCAGAGUAUUGAAUAACACACAAAUGCAUCCUAGUUCUUGCAUUACAACCAGUAACAGUGUUCAGAGGCUUGCAUUUGAACUGCUUAAUGUUUACAUUUAAACCAUUAUUAGGAUCGUAGAGUCUUGCGUUAUCAUUUUAUCUUCCUUUAUUUCCAUGAUGUGCUACACUCAUAUUUGUGAUUUCAGCUUUAAACCUAGAAGGGGCCGGUGGCUGUGAGAUUAUAUUUUGUUUAGCCAGCUCAUGGAAUAAUGGGUGUGUUUAGUUUGGCAAAGACGCUUGUGUUUUUGCUAAUUUCACACACUUUUGUGAUACAAUCUUGUGUAAGCAUGUAAAUAUGUAGGUGCAGUUAAUAUGUGGUACAUAUUGUAAAAAUAAGUGCUAAUCCAUUGGCAAGUCCUUGUACAAUGAUUCUAAAAUUAAAAGAAUACAAAUGU